CAUUUUAGUUUUAAUAUUAAAUUUAUUAUAACUCAAAAAAAUAGGAGGUAGACAUCGCGUGGCGAACAGGAUUUAUAGGGACACGCGGUGAUUUGUGUUUAGUGUGGAUACCAUCUUCAGGGGUUUGAUUUUUUGUUUGGAUUAAUAACUGAGCAAAACUACUUAAAACAAAAUGGAUGACAGUGACGAUCAAAAAAUGGCAAUCAUGCGUAAAGCAUUCCAAAUGUUUGACACCACAAAAUCUGGUUUCAUUGAAACAUUAAAAAUUUCCACCAUUUUAAAUACAAUGGGUCAAUUAUUCGAUGAUGCUGAAUUAACGGCAUUAAUUGAAGAAAAUGAUCCAGAAAGUUCUGGAAAAGUAAAUUUUGAUGCCUUCUGUAAUAUUGCUGCACAUUUCUUAGAAGAAGAAGAUGCUGAAGCUAUGCAACAAGAAUUAAAAGAAGCUUUUCGGUUAUACGACCGUGAAGGAAAUGGCUACAUCACAACAGGUACACUUAAAGAAAUUUUAGCAGCGUUAGACGAUAAAUUAAGUAACACAGAAUUAGAUGGCAUUAUUGCUGAAAUUGAUACAGAUGGAUCUGGAACAGUAGAUUUUGAUGAAUUCAUGGAAAUGAUGACUGGUGAUUAAGGUGAUGAAGACCGGACCAAAGAAUUCCACACGCACACCAAUACCAAAACAUAUCAACAUUUUCAAAUUUGAAGCAAAAAAAAAAAAAAAAUUGUGAUCAU